AUGGCGUCCAAAUUGACCCUCGACUCGACCAUCAAGCUCAACUCGGGUUACACUCUCCCCGUCCUCGGCUUUGGUGUCUAUCAAACGCCAAAGGAGAUUGCUACCGAUGUGUGCGCUCAAGCUCUCCGCCUUGGAUACCGCCACACAUUUUCUAAACCGCGACGGGGGGAAAAGAUUGACUCCGCGUCCGCCUACCGCAACCAAGGGCCCUCUGCAAAGGCAAUCGCCGCCUCAGGCAUCCCGCGGUCCGAGGUCUUCUUCACGACCAAGGUGCCCAUGAGCGGCAAGCCCCUGUCCUACGACAACACGCACGCGCUGGUCGACACUGCCCUCCGGGACACGGGCCUGGACUACCUGGACCUCGUGCUCAUCCACUCCCCCUACGGGGGCACCGAGAACCGCCUCGGGGCCUGGAGAGCCCUCGUCGAGCUCGUCGAGGCCGGCAAGAUCCGGUCCAUCGGCGUGUCCAACUACGGCGUCCACCACCUCGACGAGCUGGAGGCCUACAUCAAGAAGCUCGAGCAGGAGCGCAACGGGCCGGGCAGGGGCGGUGUCAUCUCCGUCGGGCAGUGGGAGGUACACCCCUGGCUGACGCGCUCCGACAUCGUGGCCUGGUGCGAGGAGAGGAACAUCGCGGUGCAGGCCUAUUGCCCCAUUGUGCGCGGGGAGCGCUGGGGGGAGCCCGGGGUGAAGGCGCUGGCGGACAAGUACGGCAAGACCGAGGCUCAGGUUCUGCUGCGCUGGAGCCUGCAGAGGGGCUAUGUGCCGCUGGUCAAGAGCGUGACGCCGUCCCGCAUCGCGGAGAAUGCGGCCGUUUUCGAUUUCGAGCUGACCGACGACGAGGUGGAGGGCUUGGCUACCCGGGACUAUAGCCCUUGUGCUUGGGACCCGACGGUUGAGCCUAUUGACAAGUAG